AUGGACCGUGUGGAUAGCUUGAGCACGACUCGUGGAAGAGGCAAGAAUAAAAGGAAUUGGUCUUCCGAUGAGGACGAUGAGCUUAUUAAAGCUUUGUAUGUGUUAUCUUUGGACCCGAGGUGGAAAGCUGAUGGUGCCUUCAAGGGUGGAUACCUGGGGAUAUUGGAAAAGCAUCUUGCUGAAAAGUGUCCAGGCCGUGGUAUCACUGCAUCUCCGCACAUUGAAUCAAGAUUGAGGCACUUCAGGAAGAAAUUUGGUGCCGUUGAAGUAAUGCUAUCCAAAAGUGGUUUCACAUGGGAUGGAAGUCUAAAGAUGAUUCAGUGCGAGAAGGCACAAUAUGAAGCUCAUUGUCAGAUUCACAAGGAGGCUAAGGGAUUGUAUGGUGUUUCAUUUCCAUACUUUGAACAAUUGGCUUCUAUCUAUGGCAAAGACAUUGCAACAGGAGAAAGUGCGGAAGGCUUUGGAGAGGAAGUGGGAAACUUGGAGAAGGAAAUUGCUAUGGAGGAAGAAGAAAAUGAGGAAGAGGACAUGAUCUCAAUAGGAACAGCUCGACGGUCCAUUGACACUUGCUCUAUUGAUACAACUAGUUCGAAGAGGCAGAAAAAGGAGCCAAGGCCAAAGAAGGCGACAGGACCAAGCGAUCCAUUUGCAGCCAUGCUUCAAGAUGUUAAUAACCAGCUGAACAACGUGACACAACAUGUGGGUGCAACGACAACAUCAUUUACAACAGCAAUGGCGCGAGAAGUAGCACAAGAAGACCCUCAACAGAAAUCAAGAGAAAAUGCAAUUAGUGAAUUGUCUAGGCUUGCAUUUACUAGGAGCGAGAUCGUUGAAGCUACAACUAUAUUCUCUAAAGCUCCAGAGCACAUGAACAUGAUGCUUGUGCUUCCAGGCAUUCUGAGGAGGGACUUCGUCCUGAAUAUGAUGUCCGAUGAGAGGAAGAAAGGUUGAUGGGAAAGGAAUAUGUUCUUUUCCAACAGCGGCGACAUGAUUGAUGAUGAGAACAUAAGCAAGUUUGAGUAGAAGAGAAGAUAAACGUUGUGGCAGAUGAAGAUCGAUGGAAAAGCUACUUUGCAAGAUUCCGAAUCGUCCCGAGCUACCUUUCUAUUUGUCGUAUAAAAACAAUUUUAGGGACUAAUUAUGAAGUUUAUUCUGAAGUGUAGUAGAAUUCCGAGUUUGUAUC